UGAGGGACUGGGUUUUCCUGCUCAUUUGGCCAAAGAAAGAGGCUUGAACCUGCGUGGAAACAGGACCCGUCAAAGGCGGUGGGUCAGGCCUUGCGUGCAGGGGAGCCCCAACAGCUCCUGCCUGAGGAAGGAGACAGGGAGGAGGCGAGCACAGGGUCCCCCAGGGCCUCUCCUGGGGCCGCAGAGCAGACAUGGGCCGCUCCACAUGCUGGUGGGUUUGCUGAGACUUGCACAGCCAGUAGGGGAGGGAAGAUGGGAGCUGGAGUCCAGCAGCACCUGCCAGCCAGGCGACACAGUGCUGGCCCUGAUGGAGCCUGCCCCUCUGGGGGUAAUGUGGCUCCCUGGCGUCCCCCGUGAGGCAGUCCUUUUCUGGCCACCCUCGGAGGGUCAAGCGACGCGGGAGUCCUUCGGAAGCCACCCCGUUAUGUCAGAAGUGCUUGCUUGGGCAUCGCCUCGCUUAUCUGGAAUGAGCGCAAGCAUGUUUCAAGAAUUAACUAAUGCCACUGUGUCUGGACUUGCCAUCUUUCCCUUGAGUGUUUACAUGAUUACCACAGGAUGAGUCUUGGGACGGGGCAGAGCUGACUGAGGAACGAGGAGCCAGCCGGAGCCGCCGUGCCCAAGCCGGUUCCUUGGGGUCCCGUCCACCCACGUGGCAUCUCCUCCUUUUUCUGCCCACCUGGCCCCAGAAGGGCACCCUGCCUGCACCCAGAGCCUUGGCAGCACCCCUUGGCCUUCACUGCUCUGCUGGUCUCCGCAGAUCCGAGUUCUGGGCAUUUGCAAGAACUUUUUCAAAACGUUGUUUCUCUGUUUUGAUUACUUUUAGUCCUCGUUUGUUUGCAUUUUGUUCAUGUUCCCAACUGAAGUGGAACUAGUGUGUAACAUUUGUUCCCCACUCUCUGCCGUUUCCCGUUUUUUUAAUAGGAAAUCUGGCCAGUCUUUUCCAGUCUGUACCUUCCUUGUUUUGUUUCUUGAUUCAUUUCAUUUGUUUGGGCCUUCAAGACAGAGGAUGUGCCAAAUUUAAAGCCAAUAAGAUGAAGCUGCUUCCCUGAAAGGCAAUUUAAACAGCACAUAAGCUUCCUGGGACCUGAUCUUGAGGAUCGAGCCAUGGAUAGCUGUGUCCAUCAUCCCCAGUAUGCAUGUCCAUGAGCCAUUUUCUAGCCCUGGUCCUGGGCAAGUGACAUAAAUUCAGUUUGUCCAUGCUUAGCAGCCCAACAACGUUUGUGCAGUCACAGGGGGUCCUCAAACUGCUGGGAAAAGGGCACUGCAAAGCCAGAGGGUUUUCUGGUAUAUUGGUCAUUGUGCUGCUGGUGGGCAGAAACCUUUGAACAGAUACCCGGGUUUAUUUUAGUCAAAACCUUAAUCUAACGUGGGGAGGCGGGGAGAGAGACAGGGAUGGCGCCACUUCUUUGUGGGAAAGUUUAAUUUUUCAAAGCUUCUGCUUUACUAAAACAUUGUUUUGUUUUUAGUCAGUGCAAUAAUUAUUUUACCGUGUGUGGCUUCUGGAAUUUUAUUUUGUGAGGGGGCAUUAACUCACGUUAGAAAUCAAAUAAGCAAAGGACUCGCAUCAGUCAUUUACCCCACUGAAUUCAAAAGGUAUUUGCAUCUGAGGAGACCCGUAUAGGAUCAUGUCGCCAAGCUAAGCAUCAUUCGUCAUAAACUGGCAUUUGGGAUAUGGCUCUGCUGUUAUGAACUGUGGAUCUUAAAUGUGUACCCAGCAUCGGGCGGCUCAAGGGUCCACAUCCCGUUACGUACGCUGCCUUCAGCAAUCGCCCUUGAAAUAGUUCUGUAAGUCGGCCUAAAACGUUAUCAUCUCCAUCUGCAGAUACCGCGCGAAAAUUAGCAAAGCGCUUAAUCCCAUUUUCUACCAUGAAAAAUCCGCUGAACUGGAAGGGCCUGUAAAAGCGAGAGCACGGGAGCGACUCCAACACCACCCUUUCUCUACCCAUUUUAGCGUCUCCUAUUCUGGAGAUACGGCUGCAGGCGUCAUAAUUUCCUAGUCAUACUGUAAAUGGUUCGCCUUCGGCAGCUCGUGGUCCCGUGAAGUGAGCAUUCCAUUCCGAGGAGACACGAACAGCUGCGUGUGCCGUUUCUUGGAAACGUGACCCUGGUUUUCUUUCUGCGGGGUGACCUCACGGUGACGACGGCCGAGGGAGAGCAGGUGGCAGCCCACGGCUGGGUCCUCACGGCCCAUUGCGGUUAGCCUCUCAGGGCGGGUUGUCUUGCCCCCACAGUCCAAGCUGCUUCCCGGGGCAGCUGACUCUGCCGCAACACACGCCCUGAGAACCCCGGCUGGUCCCUGGGGCUGUUCGAGCCACGCCGGAUCGCUGCGACAGCUGAACUAGAAGUGCGGUUUUGUGGUGGGCUGUGCGGAUCUGUGGUGAGCCGUUUGGCAAGGAGAGCCAAGCCCCUUUCUGCUCUUUACGCUUAGACCUCGCUGGACCGGGGACCGCCUCUCUCCCAGUGAGCGGUGAAGAAGAGACUUGGCUCGCUGAGAAGCAGGGCUGGCUGCUGAGGCCCCGUGAGCGCAUCCAGGGAGCCGAGUCGGCCCAGACCCUCACGUAUCCGUGUCUACCUGCAGACAGAUAUUUGCUGUGCCGUGCUAGGGCAGGAGCAAAGAAGCUGCGAGGAAGCAAGCUGGCUAAGCGAGGUCUGCUGGAGUGAAGCAGGUGAAUCAAGCAGCGCCCACCUAUGAGGAGUCCCGGCAUGGCUGUGUUCAAACAGCAGAAGGUAGAGGACAUUUACGAAGUCGGAGAAGAGCUUGGAAGCGGCCAAUUUGCUAUAGUGAAAAGAUGCCGGGAAAAGUCCACAGGGGUGGAAUAUGCCGCCAAAUUCAUCAAGAAGCGCCAGAGCCGUGCCAGCCGCCGCGGAGUGAGGCGAGAGGAGAUCGAGCGGGAGGUGAACAUUCUGCAACAGAUCCUUCACACCAACAUCAUCCAGCUGCACGACAUCUAUGAGAACAAGACGGAUGUAGUCCUUAUCCUUGAGCUAGUAUCUGGCGGAGAACUCUUCGACUUCCUGGCCCAGAAGGAGUCCCUGAGCGAGGAGGAAGCCACCCAGUUCAUUAAGCAGAUCCUGGAAGGAGUCAACUACUUGCAUGCCAAGAAGAUCGCCCAUUUUGACUUGAAGCCCGAAAAUAUUAUGCUGCUUGACAAGAAUAUCCCGAUCCCGCACAUAAAGCUGAUUGAUUUUGGCCUGGCUCACGAAAUAGAAGACGGUGUUGAGUUCAAAAAUAUCUUUGGAACACCAGAAUUCGUUGCACCUGAAAUAGUGAAUUACGAACCUCUGGGGCUGGCGGCCGAUAUGUGGAGCAUAGGCGUUAUCACCUACAUCCUGCUCAGCGGUGCCUCGCCCUUCCUUGGGGAGACCAAGCAAGAGACGCUGGCCAACAUCACCGCUGUGAACUACGAAUUUGACGAGGAGUUCUUCAGCCACACCAGCGAUCUGGCUAAAGACUUCAUCCGGAAUCUUCUGGUGAAGGACACACGGAAGCGUCUCACCAUCCAAGAGGCUCUCACCCAUCCCUGGAUCACAACUCACCAGUCUAAAGAAGACACAAAAGUCCAAGAAAACAAGAGGGCUGAGAACAGGCAGCUGAAGACCAAAUGCCUGAAGGAAUACACAAUCAAGUCCCACUCCAGCAUGCCGCCAAACAACACGUACAUCAACUUCGAGCGCUUUGCCUCUGUCAUGGAAGAGCUCGCAGGGAUGGAGCAGGGCUUCAGCGCUCUGGCCGAGUCCCGUGAUUCUUUGCAAGAGGACAUCGAUGCUUUGGUUUCCAUCUACAAUGAGAAGGAGGCCUGGUACAAGGAAGAACACGAGAAUGUCAGGCAUGAGCUUUCCCAGCUGAAGUACGAGUACCGUAAAAUCGAGUCUUUGAAGAAGCAUUUGCAGGAUGACCUCCGAGACGUUGGGGCCGGCCUCGCGGGGGUGAACAGCAAGUACGUUGACCUGCAGUCACAGUAUGAGGCAUUGAGCCAGGAGCUGUCGGAAGAGCUCCGGUGGAUCCAAGACUUAACAGGUAGCAGCCACAUAGAGGGUGUAAGCGAAGCCUACACGCCCGGAGAAGUGGGCUCCAUCAUCAACAAGGACAUCCACGAUUCUCUUAUGGAGCUGUUAAACAGAUCCUGCUGUGAAGAAUUCCUAGCCGCCUUGAACCUGGGAGUUGCCAAGUCAAGUCAAUAGCACAGUCUAAGUUGCGUUUUUAGAUGAAUGCCUUUGUGUUGCCGGUCUGAUGUAAAACGAGAAGGAAUGAUCUUGAUGCGGCUUUGCCACCGCCUCAAGAUUUCUACACGCUGCUUACCGAACCUGCUGGUUCACCUUGUUUGUUUGUGAGCAAACGGGCAUUCACUUCCUGCAGCUGGAUUUUUAACUCCGUGGAAGAGAGACCUCCGCACAGAGACUCUGCCCUCAUUUUAUCCAGUAGAAAAGCCCUUCUGAGCUGGUGGGUUAUGAAAUUCAUUGAAACUCAGUUGUAAUACCCGUUUUGUACAUAUACAUACUUUACAUCGAAACACGAAAUCCUCCAUUGCCACUGGACUUUGGAAGGCAGCACCAGUUCAUUGUUACCUUGAAAUACCUCUUGAACACUUGAUGGUUGAUAGUUAAGUAUACCUAAAAGCGUUUCUUGCUGUCCUAUAAAAGAGUCAAGCGAUAACAACGCAUUGAUUUUUUUCUCUUUUACUUUGCAACUGUCUAUGAAAGCACUUUUAAUAAUGGCAGGCUCAGAUGUACAACAUCUUGCUGCCCAAAAUACUCUGUGAUCUGGACCACAUCUGUUUAAAAUAGCAGCGGGCCUUUUGGGCGAAAGGCAGGGUACAGCCGCCACAUAGAAUAACAGGAGAGUGCCGGAGAAGUUUGCGAGCAUCCGUAUCUUGGUAUGUGAAGUCACUGUGGAGACGCUGGAUGAUUCUCCCGCCCCUGGACUGAAAAGGAUGACCUGAGUGGGAACGAACCGAGCAAAUGCUGCUGUGAGGGAUGAAAGCAACGUGGAGGAGUACUGCUGGAGAACGGGGGGGUGGUGGGCACACGCUACUGGGCAGAGGGAAAAAGGAGAAGGGCAUUAUCGUCCAGUCGUGCAUUUUUCUGCCCCUGUCUUUGAAGGAGAAGAGCUUUGCCUCGGCAGCAUUUUCCCAGAUUUGUAACUGAUCUCACACUGAAAGAGCCAAUAAAUAUUUGUUUCGUACA